UUGAAAUUAACGUUUCGCGCACUGCCCGAGAAGCAUCAUGGCAGCAUUAAGCUACGGAAAACGCAUGCUCCAAGUAAGUGCACAGCAGCAGACACUGAAAAAAGAGUCACUCCAAAGGAGGAUGCCAAAUGGUGGAUGUCUGUCGGACUUGAUAAGGAAGGAUUUCAGUUGAAAUUUGUGUCUGAUUUUGUAGGCUUUGGUGUUUUUGCAACACAGACAUUUGCAAGAGGGGAUUUCCUUUUGGAAUACCGAGGAAGUUUAAUUGACGAAGAAAGAGCCAAGGAAUUAGAAAGAAAACAUUCUAAAGCCAAAGAGGGAUGCUACAUGUUCUAUUUCUAUUUCCAAGGAAAGAAAAAAAUGCAUUUCAGAAUAUUCUUCAUGUUUUCAGCAGAAAUUUGUACCUCCAACGUCAACAAUUUCAGUAUAGAUGCAACAGAGGCCUAUGCCUCCCUGGGAAGGAUGGUGAAUGACGUUGAUUCAAGACAUGAAAACUGUGUCAUGAAACUAAUACAGCAUGAAGCACAACCACACCUCUGCUUGUUUGCGACCAGAGACGUUCAAGUUGGAGAAGAAUUAAAGUACGAUUAUGGUGAUAAUACUGUGAACUGGCGAAAACAGAUACAGAUGACAAUCCAUUCGAUUUGUCUGAUGUGGACGAUCCAGCAUACCAACAAGAUGAGACUUCCAAAGAUUCUUAUCCUGCUUAAUCUUCAGAGUUCAUCACUGGAUCAGUAGAUUCUGAAUGCAGUUCCCUACUGCCGACAAUGAAUAAAUAUUUGAAUUGACAGCUAAGUCAGCAGGAUUUGAAGAGACAAUUGCAGUGGAUGCACUCCCAGAAGAUGAAAUAGUAAACGAAGAAACAGGAUUCAGAUGUUGUAUUUGUGAGAAGGUUCUCAAAUCUAAGGGUGGAUAUACCGUUCAUCAACAGAUAUAUUUCAAGUCUAAAG